AGCAAAUGAAAUUUUGCAAACACAAUGUGGUAAUCGCAAUUUGGUAAACGCUAAACGGUAAACCCCAUUCAUUCAUUCAUAUACAAACUCCAUUUCAUUUUUUUCGGUUUUCAAUCUCCGCGUUCCCAUUUUCGCUCCAGAUCUCUCCUUCGCGGCAUGUGAGGGAGUUGAAACUGAGAAUAAUCGAGGAGAUGGCGAGUAGAGUGGAUCACGAGUAUGAUUAUUUGUUCAAGAUCGUGUUGAUCGGCGACUCAGGAGUGGGGAAAUCCAACAUUCUGUCUCGUUUCACCAGAAAUGAGUUCUGUUUGGAGUCGAAAUCGACCAUCGGAGUUGAAUUUGCCACCAGAACUCUUCAGAUAGAAGGAAAGACGGUGAAGGCCCAAAUAUGGGACACCGCAGGUCAGGAAAGGUAUCGGGCGAUUACAAGUGCUUACUACAGAGGAGCUGUUGGCGCGUUCCUCGUCUAUGACAUAACCAAGAAGCAAACCUUUGACAACGUCCAAAGAUGGCUUCGUGAGUUGAGAGAUCACGCAGAUUCUAAUAUUGUCAUCAUGAUGACAGGGAACAAAUCUGAUCUCAACCAUCUCAGAGCUGUUGCAGAGGAAGAUGGCCAAACUUUGGCCGAGAAGGAAGGGCUCUCGUUCCUCGAGACAUCAGCGCUGGAGGCACUUAACAUCGAGAAGGCAUUCCAGACUAUUUUGACAGAAAUACACCAGAUUAUUAGCAAGAAGGCAUUGGCAGCACAGGAAGCUGCUGCUUCGACAGCGGUUCCCGGUCAGGGCACGACCAUCAAUGUCAGUGAUUCGUCGGGGAACGCAAAGAGAGGAGGCUGCUGUUCUUCUUGAAACUUUCAGAGAUGAUGUCGAUAUAAAACUUUUGCUCUGUUUACUUUUUAAAAAAUUGUUUCUUUUUCCAGAAGUCUUGUAGAAUAUACUGAAAUGUGGCAGUGAAAAGAUGAUAUUCGAGACUGAAAAUACCUUAGUUUUUGGGGUCAAUUUGUUGUGUUGGAAUGAUGAGCUACUACUAAUUUUGGUUGCC